AUGACGGGUCACCCUCUCCGAGCCAUCGCCGUCCUCGCCGCCUGCUGCACGCGGCUCCGCCGUCUCGCCACGACCGACCUCUGGCCCCCCUACUGUCACACCCGCGCGCAAGAUCUCGUCCGAGAUAUUAACGCGCAGCAUGAGGAGGCGAAACGCCGGCAAAACGCCGGCGGCGUCAGAGGAGAGUCCACUCGCCCGACGAGGCUUUCCAACCGAAAACUCGUCGGGUUACCAGCCGCCGCUCUUUCGCCGAAGCUUCUCAGCUACUCGCCGGGUAUUCUCGAGGUGCCGUUCAGCCUGCUGAACCCGCGAAUUAAGGAGCUCCUGGAAAAAGUCGGCCAAUGGUGGUCCGACGGAUACUUUGACGGAGACGACGCGAGCCGUUGUUCCGAGAUUUUCAUGCAUGAUGACCGGAGUAGGAGCGCGUGGCGCAUGUGUAAACGCGCCGCGUCGCGCGUUGCGUGGGUGCCUGUGAUCGCCGUACUCGUGCCGAUCGUCGUGACGUAUUUCGCAUGCGUCUUCGCGAAGAGGACGGCGCGGACGGCGCGACGUGUGGCUGUAAGGGGAGGUAGGAGGCUGGCGAGGAGGGUUGGGGAGACGACGGUGGGGAGGGUGGGAGAGAGGGUGGUCUCGAGAAUUGGAGAAAGAGUGGGGUGGAGGAGGGGGGGUGCGGUGGGGGAAGGAGGGGAAGGGAUUGACAUUGAGGCGAUUCUGAGAGGCCCGGGAUACGCGAAUUGGGAUGGGAAUGUGCGUGGAAACGGGAUUGUUGCAGAUGAUUUUGUGGAGCGUUAUGGGCGCAUGUGGGAUGAGAUUGACAGUGGUGAGGUGGGUGAUGGUGAGGGUGAGGGUGAUGUUGAUUCUAAUCAUGCGGUUGUUGGUGUUCCUGAAGAGGAAGCUGAUGCUGAUGCUGAUGCUGCUGCUGCUGCUGCUGCUGCUGCUGCUGGUCUUGAAGGUGACGGCGAUGCUGUAGCGCGAGACACACAUGUAUGGAGGGACAUGGGCGGAGAUUUAGCAGCAGAUGCUGAUGGUGCUGAUGGUGCUGGUCUUGAAGGUGAUGGUGAUGCUGCAGAGCGAGACGCUCAGGAAUGGUGGGAAGUGGGCGGAGGGAGAGCAGCAGAGGAGGAGGGAACGACAGCGGAAGAGAGAGAAGCAUUUUUGGUAGCCAUGGUGUCGCGCGUGGGGAACAAGAAGAGUCUGGGUCUUAUGGGGCACGUGGACGAGACACACCUGUUCUCCCCCUUCCUCAUCUCCGAUCUCUUCCCCCCCUCGCUGCUCUCUGUCUCAUCCACUGCUGCUUUGCGCUCCUCCUUCCCGCGUUGCACUAGCGCGAGAUGCCGUGAGGGGCAUCAGCAGCAGGAGCAGCAUCAGCAGCAGGAGCAGCAUCAGCAGCAGGAGCAGCAGGAGCAGCAGGAGCAGGAGAAGGAGAACCAGGAGGAGGAGAGGGAGGAGGAGGAGGGGGUGGGGAAGAGUGAGGGGGAAGGGGAGGAGGGGGAGGGGGAGGCAGGGGCGUCGUUUGCUGUGAUGGAACCAUCGUUGAACAUGUGGGACAUCUCCGUCUGCCGAGGCUUCAUCCAUGCGUUCUCACGCACCGAGCUGUAUCGACAGCUGGCGGCUCGUUCUGCUGCUGCCGAUGACCAUGGCAAAUGCCCCUUCUGCUGCUGCAAGGUGUGGAACGCAUUGGACAUGCUUGCAGACAUGGGCCGCAUGCGGGCUUUUAGCUUUGCGAUUUGCGAAAAUGGCCACUUCUGCGGAUUAUUUAAA